UGUCUUGUCUGAUUCAUUCCUACAGACCCGUUCUUUGCUGGGAGUAUUUGAAGAAGAUGCAGCUGCAAUUUCCAACUAUGUCAAUCAGUUAUUUCAAGCAAUGCAUAGAGUAUAUGAUGCACAGAAUGAAUUAAGUGCAGCAACUCAUCUGACUUCAAAGCUUCUGAAGGAAUAUGAGAAACAGCAUUUUCCAUUAGGGGGAGAUGAUGAAGUUAUGAAUUCUACUUUACAGCAGUUUGCAAAAGUGAUUGAUGAGCUCAGUUCUUGCCAUGCAGUACUUUCAACUCAACUUGCAGAUGCAAUGAUGUUUCCUAUUACUCAGUUUAAAGAAAGGGAUCUAAAAGAGAUAUUAACUCUAAAAGAAGUUUUCCAAAUUGCAAGCAAUGACCAUGAUGCUGCCAUUAUCCGAUACAGUCGGUUGUCAAAAAGAAGGGAAAAUGAAAAGAUCAAGGCUGAAGUUACAGAAGACGUGUAUACUUCCAGAAAAAAACAGCACCAGACUAUGAUGCAUUAUUUCUGUGCAUUAAAUACUCUUCAGUACAAGAAGAAAAUUGCUGUGUUAGAACCCUUGCUAGGAUACAUGCAAGCUCAGAUAAGUUUUUUUAAAAUGGGUUCAGAAAAUCUCACUGAGCAACUGGAAGAAUUUCUCACCAACAUUGGCACAAGCGUACAAAAUGUUCGCAGGGAAAUGGAGUGUGAAAUAGAGAACAUGCAGCAAACUAUAGAAGACUUGGAAGUAGCCAGUGAUCCACUUUAUUUGCCUGAUCCUGAUCCUGCGAAAUUUCCUGUCCAUAGAAAUCUGACACGGAAAGCUGGCUAUCUCAAUGCAAGGAAUAAAACAGGGCUGGUAUCUUCCAGUUGGGAGAGACAGUUCUACUUCACUCAAGGUGGAAAUCUGAUGAGCCAGGCAAGAGGUGAUGUGGCUGGGGGACUUGUCAUGGACAUAGACAAUUGUUCAGUAAUGGCUGUGGACUGUGAAGACAGACGGUACUGUUUUCAAAUAACAUCUUUUGAUGGUAAAAAGUCUUCGAUCUUACAGGCAGAGAGUAAAAAGGAUUAUGAGGAGUGGAUAUGCACAAUAAACAACAUAUCUAAACAGAUAUAUCUAAGUGAAAACCCUGAGGAAAUUGCUGCACGUGUAAACCAGUCAGCUCUCGAGGCCGUUACUCCAUCGCCUUCAUUUCAGCAGAGGCACGAGAGCAUGCGUCCGACUGUACAACCCCGGCCCCCCGCCGCCCGCACCAGCAGCACGGGGUCACUGGGCUCCGAAUCCGCCGCUCUGUCUGCGCUGUCCUUGGAUUCACUUGUUGCCCCUGACACUCCUAUUCAAUUUGACAUAAUAUCUCCAGUUAGUGAAGAUCUGCCUGGUCAAGCAAAGUCUUCAGGGCAGUCAGGCAGACGCACAAAUCCUUUUGGUGAAACGGGAGGCUCAAAAUCUGAAACUGAAGAUUCAAUUCUUCAUCAGUUGUUCAUUGUAAGGUUUCUUGGCUCUAUGGAGGUGAAGUCUGAUGAAAGUCCAGAUGUUGUUUAUGAAACAAUGCGUCAAAUCCUGGCAGCUCGGGCCAUCCAUAACAUUUUCAGGAUGACAGAAUCACAUUUAUUAGUCACUUGUGACUGUUUAAAGUUAAUUGAUCCACAGACACAAGUUACAAGACUACGAUUUCCUUUGCCCAAUGUAGUCUUGUAUGCAACCCAUCAGGAGAAUAAGCGCCUCUUUGGAUUUGUGCUUAGAACUUCAGGAGGGAGAGCUGACAGUCGACAAACUUCCAUCUGCUAUAUCUUUGAAUCAAAUAAUGAAGGGGAAAAGAUUUGUGACUCCGUUGGACUGGCGAAACAGAUUGCUUUCCAUGCAGAACUGGAUCGAAAAGCAUCAGAAAAGCAAAAAGAAAUGGAGAGAGUCAAAGAGAAACAACAAAAAGAACUGACUAAACAAAACAAAUUGAAAAGGAUUUAGAGGAGCAAAGCCGACUGAUAGCUGCUUCCAACAGAUCAAACCCUAGCAGUGGAGAAGGACAGUUUGUAGUCCUUAGCAGCAGCCAGUCAGAAGACAGCGAUUUAGGAGAGGAUGGAAAGAAGAAAAGGGAAUCUGAAACCUAAGGUUGCCUAGUUAAUUAAAAUUGGAAUCAUGGAUAUAAGUAAGUUUUACAAGAAGUGAAAUGUAGGUGGAGGGUCUGUUGUAUUAUAUGAAAGACUUCACAAUGUCUAGACCCUAAUAUGCCUUGCUGUUUCUUUCUCAAUUAAGUGAUUUCCACUUUCAUGUCAGUUCCUCUUUUGUAUGCCAGAUAGACAUGGUAGCAUCACCAUUCUUUUUUUCAAAAUUAUGUUUUCUCAAAGAAUUCUCUGCAGGAAGGGAAAAAGAUGGAUUUUUCUUUUUUCCAUUUACCCAUCUGUGCAAUUGACUGCUUUGGAAAUGAAACUUAAGUUCUCACUGAACUUGAGUAGUACUGAAAUUUGUUCUUUACACUGCAGUGUGUGGAACACCUUGCUGGAAACAAAAGUGGGUUCCAGAUAAGACAGUGCUAAGAUUUAUAGAACUUGUUGAACAUAACAGUUCUUAACAGUUAGAAAGAAAAAUCCUUAUUAACAUCAUUGGGAUGUGCAGUAGUUAUAGAAGGAAAGAUCAUAGUUUUUGUUUCAUACUGCACUGUAUGGUACUGCUUUUUUUUGUGAUUAAAAUGCUGGAAGGCUUCCUUGAACAGGAGAUUAAAAGAAAAUACUUGUCAGACAUAGGUAAGAGCUGAAGAGAUGCAGUUGCACUUUGCUGCAUGAGGAAUGCAUAAAAAAUUCCUUAUCAAAUAGUAAAUAUAACGUACAAGUGCCGUGUUCCUGGUUUUUCCCCAGUGUGUAAAGAAGAGCAUAAGGCGCUGAGUUCAUUUUCAAUAAAAACGUGCGUAAAGUUGCAGAAACAUUGAAUUCCACCACUUGAAAAAAUCUGAAUCCAUAAAGGCCUUGCUACCAGUAACUACAUGUGCUAAAAAUGAGUUAAAGCUUUUUUAAGUCUUUCUAGGGAACUGUAUUUUGCAAAGAGAAGUAAAAGACUAUGCUAGUCUGCAUCCUAAAGUCAGUCUCCUAAUGCAUUUUUCAAAGCAGUCUCUGUUUAUACCUCAUAAGCCUAAACUCCAUGGUCCAUACCCUGUGUAAUAUUUAUUUUGUAUAAUACUAAAUGUGCAUUCAUCUUUUGAUCCAGAAGAGAAAACGUGUUUGAAGUAAGAAGAAAUAUUUAUUUUUGCACUAAUUACUAUAAAUACUAAACUCCAGUAGAACAGAUGUCUCUCUAAUAGUGGCCUGAGCAUAACAGAAAAUGUAGAAAGAGAAGAAUAUAUUCUAAGAUGUUUUAUAAUGGUUAAGAGUGUUUUACAGUUCAUUGCAGAGCAUUUUUAGUCUUCAGCUUUCAGCCCAGCCCUUCAUAGCUAGAAUUGCAUGGUGCUGAUUAAGUGAGAAAUUUCAGGACUUCUGUGCUAGAUGGCUGUGCAAAAAAGGAACACUAUCCUUAAUUGCUCAGAAGUUGUUUUGCAUAGGCUAACAAAGGCAAUCUCCUCUUGCUUUUUAUGCUGGAGAUAGAUAGGCAUUUCUGUGCAGCAACCAACUGCAUCUGCCUCCUGUCAACAGCAGAGAGGAAGGAACAUUGCUCUCAUGGUGCCACUGGCACCACAGCGUACAGAAGGGGUUGAGCAGCUGCGGAAGCACUCACAGUAUUUAAAAGAGGAGAUGGAGUGGGAGACUGAGCAAGAGGGAGGCUUCAGGUUCUCUUCCUUCUGGUUCAGCACGUUUGUCCUCAGAGUAGCCAGUAGCUUGCAGCAGUACCUGCUUUUGCUGUUAUCCCGUCAGACCAUGUGGCAUCAGCCCGCGGCCAGAUAUUGCCUUCAUAGGUCACAUGGACCGUACACACCUAAGGCUUUAAAAACAAACAAAAACUUAAGUGGCAUUUACUUCCUAUCCAGUCUUGUAUUCUCAUCUGUAAGAGGCUACUUCUAUUCUUUUCAACAAAAACAUGCAGAAAGGCAGCAAAUACUUUUUUUUUCUUUCCUUUUCCUGCCUAUAUCUAGUUGCAUGGCAGCCAGUUUAUCUCUACAAGUUGCUUCAGUUUGUGUUUCUUUCUCUUGGAUUUUUUUUUUAAUUUGAUGAUUUCUACUUUCUGUGAAAUAACAUGCCAGCACAGCUCAAAUUUAUAAAAUCGUUAAGGUUGAAAAGAUGACUAAUCAUCUAGCCCAACCUUUAACCACCAAAUUUACUUUACUUAAUGUCUUCCUCGAUUACAUGCUAAAGAUAAAUUAAUUCAGCAACAGCACAGAAAAAUAUUAAAUCAGUGGUCCCCAGUUCCAAGAAUCUGGUCACCAAGCUGUCAGAGCAAGAUGAGCUGCAGUAGCCACAGCACCACAAGGAAGACAGCUAAUAGAUCAGCAACCUCAUCAAAAGGUAUUGCUGACAGGGUGCCUUACUGGAGAGAGGGCAGAGAGCUGAGUUGUCUUUUCUUGAACCCCCCCAUUAUGUUUUAGACAUAAAUACACAACUAUGAGGAGGCAGUCAAGAGAAAAAUCUGAUGUAUUACAUUGCUGUUAUGGAAUUUUUCAGAUGAAACAAUAUCUGAUUAGAAUUAUUCCAGUUCUAGUUCAUGUUUUACCAUCUAUACCAUUAAAUGUAGUUUUCUUAAUCAGACAGCAUAGAAUUGAGUUGCAUUUCACUAGCAGUGAAUGAUUCUUUUCUUCUAACCUUCUGAAAAGAAGGGAAAUAAAUGAGGAGAGCAGUACUUCAAAAAAAAGUGACAUGCAUGAAUGAAAUGAGGUGGUUUUGUUUUGCUGUUUAGGAGAGUUUUGCUGGUGUAAAAUGAGCAAAAAGACAGAUAUAAAAGCUUCUGGAAAAGUGAUGAAAGCUGCAGGAGCAAAGGGCAAGUUGUGGGAGAUCAGGAUGUUAAAAUGGAACAUUACAAUGAAUUAGCAGUGGGAUGAGAAUUACUCAGUGUCACUUAAAGGGAGGAGCACCUGGAUCUGUGGAUAGAACUACCAUAAGGCAAAGAAUAGCUGCUGAGGUUUUAUCCAUGUCCUCCUCCCCUCAGAAAAUCUUUCUGCUACCCUUUGAACUAUGAAUUGUAGAGCUACUUCAUCAGAAAACAUGUUUCUUAAUUACAUAAAUUAGAGUACUUAAUAUUUAUUUUGAGAGUACAACUUGUAAUUUAAACACCUCAUGUUCUCCUGGGAAUGACUGUGGUAAGGUUUCGCCACCUGUUAUUUUAAAUAAAUUACUGGUUGGUUUCCUUUCUCAUAAUUUAUUUUGCCUGUUUAAUAUUUCCUGUUGCCUUUUACUUAAGGACUGGUCUUCUGAGCACUUCCAGCUGAAGCUAUAAUUUGCUUCAUGUGAACAUAGUAUUAUUUCAGAAACUACUUGGGUAAUGGGAUGUUAAGUUUAUGACACGAUGCAGACCACGCACCUCUUGCUCCUUAGUUGUUCUGCUCUACAUAUAUUCUGUAUGAAUUUAGCAGCGUGAAUAUCAAAAUAUAUAAAAAGUGUGGGCAAACUACAGGCAUGCAUUUCAUUGCAUUAUAACUAAUACCACGUACUUAAUUAUGGCCGUGAAUAGAUUUCUAGAAGUCUAAACCAGAGGACAAGUUAAUAGCCAUAUGCCGCUUAGUCACACAGACCUGGUAACGUGUGUGCUGUGUAAGCAAGUGUGGAUUUGAUAGUCUGUUAUUUCUGUAAUAUUUUAAGUUGGAAAUUAUAUCAAGACAGCUUACCAACUAACAGACAAUUAAUAUUUAGGAGUUAAGAAACAUGCAGACAAAUGACUUCUUUCUAUGGAUGCGAAACCACAGCUGACAAACCUGAUGCAGCUGAGCCUUUUUAUAAAGAUAUAAUUUAUUUCCAUUGCAGAAAAAUAUUGGCUGGUCUUAUGUUUAAGGUGAAGUCUGAUGAAUUAAAGAAGGUGCACAGAAUUUAGGAGAAGCCAGUGAAGAAAGCUAUGUUGUUACACAGUCCCUUAUCAUGUCCAGAACUGACACACUCAAAGAAAGAAAUCCUGCCUCUGUUGAGUGAGUUUGUGAUAUUUAGUCUAACAGCAAAAACUGGUAUCUUUCUUUCUUUCCUUUGCUCUGUUUUACAGAAUUUCUUGCAAGUAUAUCAAUCUCCAAGGUUUUUCUUUCUACCCAAGCAGUAAGCUGUGUUUUUGUCAUGCCGUAGUGAUAUCUAAGUUAUCAUGACAAGAAUAAGUUGGUGUAUGUCAUUGUGAUUGCACUUGUAUUCCUAAUGAAGUUUAUAUUGCAAGCCAAGGAUUUUGUACAAUCUUUCAGGUCACUUUUAUAAUGCAGUGGAGUGGUCAAAUUCUUAUGCUGAUGUUCUGGAUUGGUCCUGUUCUAGUGAAGUGUAAGUGAUUUUUUGCAAUGUUUGAGACUUACACAUUUGUCCCUGAAUAGCUGUGUUAAAGACCUCCAAUAGCAUACCUACUUAAUUCAGCUUUGAUUGUUGUGUCUUAAUCUUGGAAGCACCAAUAGUAUGUAUUAUGCCAAAACUUCAGUCAGCAUUUUGUAGGUUACGUAAAAGCUUAAGCAUAGUAACUUUCUGAGUGGAAUUUUUCUGAGUGGAAUUUGUCCUGAUACAAGAACUUCUUUCCUAGUAGUGACAUUCUGGGCGUACCGUUACUGGUGACAGGAUGCAUUCCUUUCCACUAAACCAAGUUCUAACAUGCAGUUGAAUCUCUCUCUUGGAAAGUGCAUCUCAAUUCUCUUUAUUUUAAUCAUAUCAGCCAGCUCUCCUCAGAGGAAGUUACUCUACUUGGGAAUGCUGAUAACUUCUGCAACAAUCAAAGACUGAAUGUUAGAAGAAAAAAUCCUUUCUAUCUCUGCUGGCUGUUUUAGUGCACGUGUUGCUCUGUUUCAUGACAACAUGUAGCACGUUGUACAGAGCUGCAGUUAUGGUAACCAUCAGAAUUCAUUUGUACAGAAGCUAUACCAGCACAACUAUUAACAGGAGUACCUCCACCUGUUUUCACUGGCUUCAUUAGUUUUCUUAACUACGUGACAGACACCAUGUGAAAAGCAAUGGGUCAUACUACGUUACGGUUAAAUUUGUAUUUUAUAAGAUUUGUAGAUUUUUCUGGAGAAAAGCAGACUUUUGAACUAUGUAACUCUACGUGAAUACAGAUGCAUGUAUAACUAGAAAAUCUAUGCUUAACUGAUAAUGAAGGAAUAAAUACUAUUAAUACCA